ACAAAUUCCUCUCCUUCGUAACACCACAAACUGCCCGACAAUGGACAUGGCGACUAAAUCCCACUUUACUACACAACCCGGAAAGUAAGCUGAACACCCACAAGGGAAUUAUAGACUACUUCACCACCAACGACACCCAGGAAACAACACGAGGCACACUGUGGGUGGCCCACAAAGCAGUCCUAAGGGGCUCGCUAAUAGCAGAAGCAUCCAGACUCAAGAAACAGAAACUGAGCGAACUAGAGACGCACCUCCACGUGCUCAGAAAUCUAGAAUCACAACACAAACAAAACCCCACGGAGACACUCUUAGAGCAGAUUAAAACACAUCAACAGACCAUAAAAGCGUACAUAGCAAAAGACUCCCAAAAAGCACUCCAGUGGAGCAAACAACUAUUCUAUGACAAAUCAAAUAAAGCUGACACCCUACUGGUCCGAAAACUCCAACAUUAA